GUUCUACUCUUGGCUAUAACAAAUAAGGAGUUCAAUAUGAAUCGCACACAUUUAUUGUCAGAUUUUCAUGAUCGCAUGAUCUGCUCCAAUGUCAUGAGCGUAAGCUACGAGCAUCGUUGUGAGCUGGCCAAGGCCAUCAAGCACUGCAGCAAGAUUAUGAAUUUCUUCAAGUACUAUCAAAUCUUGUACUGCUAUGGGCACAUUCAUAACAGGGUCACAGAGAUGGCUGUCAUUCUCCUGAUCCUUAUUGGCUUGGUUAUAUUAUUAAUCUUAAUGGCGCAUACAGUGGACAUCUACUUCUCCCCAAUUAUUAAGAUAGUAGCCUUAAAAUGUAAAAUGAACGAAUAUGUGGCUGGCUGCUCAAUGCUGGCCAUUUCAAAUGCCUUUCCCGAUCUGGUUGUAAACCUCACGCCCUUACGAGCACAAUCGGGAAUUUUUACGAUAAGCGUAAGCAAUGCCUUGGGCGUGCUGCUACUCGCCGGCGGCAUGAUCUGUUACCUGAGACCAUUCCGGAUCGGAGGAUACUGUGUUGUGCGUGAUUUGAUCUGUCUGUUCUUGGCAGUUCAAAUACUGGAGUAUAUGAUUAAAACCGAUCAGUUAAUCUCUGAAUUCGAGGCAAUAGUGCUUUGUGGGUUUUAUGCGAUCUACUUGAGCAUAAAUUUUUGGGAUCAAUCUUUGGUGCGAAGAAAAAUCAAGAAGCUGCGUGUACAGAUUGCUGAAUUGAGCGAAUUGCCGGAGACACCAAAAAUCAAGGCAACUUUAAAGCAUAAGCAUGCUCAAUUACUAGAGUACGAGAUUGAAAACCGUUUCACCAUACAUAGCUUCAACUAUACAUAUCAUUUUGGUAUUUCCCAUCACCACGCUUCCAGCCGCCAUAUGCCAGGUCUAAUGGAACCCGAUGAUUUAAUUGAGCGAUAUAAUUCCGCCAGGCAUAAGAAACAUAAAAGAUAUGGCGCCUUAAAGCCAGCAAUCGAUACAGAUCACACGCGUAGAGUGCUCUAUAAUAAGCGCAAUAGUAGAAAUCGUUUGCUAUUCUCCGAGUUCUGGGGAUCGCUAAUACCAAUUGAUUUAUUUAGAUGGCAAAUUAGCAAUACGUGUGGACGCUUAGUAAUUGCAUUGCUCGCACCCAUGGUGCUCCUUAUUACCAUAUUUAUACCCACUGUGGACUAUCAGCUGAACAAACAUGGCUGGAGCAAGUUGCUCAACUGCACACAGAUCAUAACGAAUCCCGCUCUAAUUAUAACACUUGUGCGAGCCAUGUAUGCCAAAAAAUAUAAUGGCAUGGUGCUCGCUCUGGAAUAUGAGUAUCCCAUGUGGUCCUUGUGUGCCACCGUGCCUUUGGCUAUUUGUGUAUUCCUGCACUCACGCACUGAUAUGCCGCCAGUUUAUCAUUUGUGUUUUGCCUUGUUGACCACUAGCAUGUCCAUACUUGUGAUUGUCAUUUGUGCUCUGGAGUUGGAGGUGCUUUGCUCGAUUAUGGGCUUUGUUUUCAAUUUAUCCGAGAAUUUCAUAUCAGCCACCUUUCGUCCGUUUGCUCGAGCACUUCGAUGCACCGUUAUUUGCUCCACGCUCACCAGACAGGGCUAUGGUAAGAUGGCCUAUGCCGCAGUGCUAGCCAGUCCCUUUUGCACCAUUGUGCUAUGCAUGGGCUUGGCCUGCGUUGUUAAUUUAAGGAGUCACGAUUUUGGAAAUGCUUGGUGGCUUAUUGGACAACAUGGCGCGAAUACUUUUGUGUUCUUUACUUUGGCAGUUGUGUUCACAUUUGUCUGGAUUGUCACUUUCGGUUUUCGAGUGCGUCGCUCUGUGGCCAUUUUCUCAUUUAUAUUGUACAUGACUUAUCUUUUAUAUGCCUUCCUGGUUGAGUGGAACUGUAUACACCAUUUUGGCUUCGAUCCUACAUUCGAUCCCAAGUAGUAAUAAAGACAACUUAAAGUUUUGUAGCAGCUAGCUGCUGCUCGCAU